UAAUAAUAAUAAUAAUAUAAUAUAAGAAACAUAGAUCUCUGUGGGGGAUGUGUAUCACAACGUCAAGGGCGGGAGGCGAAUGGCCGCACCUCCGUGACUCCGGAGAAGGAGAAAGCUCCUCCGAAAAUCCAUACAAAAUUAAGGGUGGAAGUCAAACUGACCCUGCUGGGGGGGGGGAAAAUUAAAAACGGAACGAAAACCCACAGGUGAGUCCGGCUUGGGGCAAGGGGGAACAAAAAGAAGGGGGGAACCGAGUGUGGCGGGUCCGGGCUGUGCACAUGCAGCGGGCGUGAGGGCGUGGCACAUGCAUGGGCAGUGAGGGCGUUGGCCGGAGAGCGGCCGGACAGCGCGGCCCCGCCACGGGUUGUGUCCGGCGGGGCCGUUCCCCCCGGGGGGAGCUGAGUGACCCGAGGGGGGGGGGGGGUUUUUGCUCUUUGUCACAGUUCGGGAACAGGCGGAUGGAAAAGGGGAGCGAUGGCGCCGGGCUGGACAACGGAAAAAUAUCGACAAUUUUUAUUUUUUUUUUUUUUUGUGGGGAGGGGGGAAAAAAAACCUCCCCCCCCCUUUGGAAGCGGGGGGGAUAAAAGAAAAGGAAAAGUGUCUCCCUUUGUACAGCGGAAAAACCCGAGUGCUGGAGAAGCCAUGAGAGGAAUCACAGUAACCGCCGCGGCCGGGCGCGGCCUGGCCCGGGGGCGGCGUGGCCGGGGGCGGCACGGCCCAGGGGUUGGCGUGGCCGAGCCGUGGUCAAGGGGUUGGCGUGGCCCAGAGGCCAAGCGGUGGUCAAGGGGUCGGCACGGCCGAUGGGGUGGCGUGGCCGAGGGGUCAGUGUGGCCAAACGGUUGGCGUGACCGAAGGGUGGUCAAGGGGUCGGCACGGCCGAUGGGGUGGCGUGGCCGAGGGGUGGCCGAGGGGUUGGUGUGGUCGAGGGGUUGGCGUGACCAAGGGGUGGUCAAGGGGUCGGCACGGCCGAUGGGGUGGUGUGGCCGAGGGGUGGCCGAGGGGUCAGUGUGGCCGAUGGGUUGGACUGGCCAAAGGCCCAAAAGGGCGGUCAAGGGCUCGGCACGGCCGAGGGGUUGGCGUGGCCAAAGGCCCAAAGGGGUGGUCAAGAGGUUGGCGUGGCCAAGGGGUGGUCAAGACCAAGGGGUUGGCAUGGCCAAAGGCCCAAAGGAGUGGUCAAGAGGUUGGCGUGGCCGAGGGGUGGUCAAGGGCUCAGCAUGGCUGAGGGGUUGGCGUGGCCAAAAGCCCAAAGGAGUGGUCAAGAGGUUGGCAUGGCCGAUGGGUUGGAGUGGCCAAAGGCCCAAACGAGUGGUCAAGGGGUUGGUCUGGCUGAGGGCUUGGCACGGCCAAUGGGUUGGCGUGGCCAAGGGGUUGGCGUGGCCAAAGGCCCAAGGGGUGGUCAAAGGGUCGGCACGGCCGAUGGGUUGGCGUGGCCAAAGGCCCAAAGGAGUGGCCAGUGGGUUGGCGUGGCCAAAGGCCCAAAGGAGUGGCCAGUGGGUUGGCGUGGCCAAAGGCCCAAAGGAGUGGUCAAGGGGUUGGCGUGGCUGAGGGAUUGGCCUGGCAAAAGGGCGGUCAAGGGCUCGGCACGGCCGAUGGGUUGGCGUGACCAAAGGCCAAAAGGAGUGGCCAAGGAGUUGGUGUGGCCGAGGGGUUGGACUGGCCAAAGGCCCAAAAGGGCGGUCAAGGGCUCGGCACGGCCGAUGGGUUGGCGUGGCCAAGGGGUCAACACGGCCAAUGGGUUGGCGUGGCCAAAGGCCCAAAGGGGUGGUCAAGCGCUCGGCACAGCCGAUGGUUUGGCACGGCCAAGAGGUGGUCAAGACCGAGGGGUUGGCGUGGCCAAAGGGCCAAGAGGGUGGUCAAGGGGUUGGCACGGCCAAGGGGUGGUCAAGACCAAGGGGCUGGCGUGGCCAAAGGGCCAAGAGGGGGUCAAGGCCGAUGGGUUGGCAUGGCCAAAGAGCUGAAGGAUGGUCAAGGGGUCGGCACGGCCGAGGGACUGGCACGGCCAGAGGGCUGAGGCGUGGUCAAGGACUUGGCACAGCCGAUGGACUGGCGUGGCCGAGGGGUCAGUGUGGCUGAGGGAGGGGUCAGCAUGGCCAAAGGGCUGGCACGGCUGAGGAGCUGAAGGGUGGUCAAGGGGUCGGCACAGCAGAUGGGUCAGUGUGACCAAGGAUCAGUUGUGACCGAGGGGUCAGUGUGGCUGAGGGGUCAGUGUGGCCGAGGGGUCAGUGUGGCUGAGGGGUCAGUGUGACCAAGGGGUCAGUGUGGCCGAGGGGUCAGUGUGGCUGAGGUUUCAGUGUGGCUGAAGGGUCAGUGUGGCUGAGGGCUGACCAAGAGGUUGGCACAGCUGAUGGAUUGGCGUGGCCGAGGGUUUGGCAUGGCCAAUGGGUUGGUGUGGCCGAGGGGUCAGUGUGGUCAAGGGGUCAGUGUGGCCGAGGGGUCAGUGUGGUCAAGGGGCCAGCGUGGCCAAUGGGUUGGCGUGGCCAAGGCGUGGCCGAGGUGUUGGCACAGCCAAUGGGUUGGUGUGGCCGAGGGGUCGGCAUGGCCAAAGUGUUGGCAUGGCCAAAGGGUCAGUGUGGCCAAAGGGUCGGCACAGCCGAUGGGUUGACAUGGCCGAGGGGUCAGUGUGACCCCAGGAUUGGCAUGGCCGAGGGGUCAGGGUGACCCCGGGAUUGGCAUGGCCGAGGGGUCAGGGUGACCCCGGGAUUGGCAUGGCCGAGGGGUCAGGGUGACCCCGGGAUUGGCAUGGCCGAGGGGUCAGUGUGGCCAAAGGUUUGGCAUGGCCGAUGUGUUGUUGUGACCAAGGGGUCAGUGUGACCCAGGGGUUGGCAGAGCCUGGCGGUGACCCAGGGGUCAGCACGGCCGAGGGGUUGGCAUGGCCGAGGGGUCAGGGGUCAGUGUCACCCAGGGGUCAGUGUGACCCAGGGGUCAGUGUGACCCAGAGGUCAGUGUCACCCAGGGGUCAGUGUGACCCACGGGUCAGUGUGACCCAGG